AUGAUCGAAGAGACGGUGAAACAAGUAAAGAUGAUUCAAGAGAAAAUUAAAUCUGCACAAGAUCGUCAAAAGAAUUAUUCAGAUUUGAAGAGGAGGGAUGAGGAAUAUGAAGUAGGUGAGAAAGUUUUAUUGAAAAUAUCUCCGAUGAAGGGAGAGAUGAGGUUUGGGAAAAGAGGAAAGUUAAGCUUGAAGUACAUUGGACCGUACGAGAUAAUCCAAAAGGUGGGAAAAGUAGCAUACAAGUUGGAUUUUCCUAAUGAGCUAGAAAGAGUUCACAAUGUGUUCCAUGUGCGCCAAAUUCGGAAAUACAUACCAGAUGUUUCUCAUGUUUUACACCCUGAAACCAUCAAGAUGGACGAAAACUUGACUUAUGAAGAAAGACCUGUGAAGAUUUUGGAUAGUAAAGUGAGAAGCACUAGGAACAAGGAUGUUAAGAUAGUCAAGGUUCUAUGGUCAAACCAUAAAACCAAGGAAGCUACUUGGGAAGUCGAAGCAGAUAUGAGGAAAAGAUACCCAGCGUUGUUUUCUGAGGUCUGUAGUCGAGUUAUGGGGGCGUAA